AUGCUUGCUGUCUUUGCGCGAGAGGGUUACCCGACUGAACUAGUCUCAGAUCACGGCCGACAGUUUACGUCGAGUGAAUUCGAGUGCUUCCUUGCAGACAGGGGCAUCAAGCAUUUCUUCUCGGCAGUUUACCACCCUCAAGCCAAUGUCUUAGUGGAAAGAUUCAACAGGGUCUUGAAAUCGUAUAUACAACUAGCUCUCCUACAGCAGCGACCAAUCAAGACCACAGUUAUAGAGUACCUGGGUAUCUACCGAGCCACACCCCACAGCGCCACUGGCAUCUCUCCAGUAGUGUUGCUUCAUGGCCGCCACAUGAGGACAUCAUUAGAUGUUGUUGGCCAGCCAUCAGCGGAUUUCGGCACCCAUCCCGCCCGUGAACUGCGUAGACUUCGGCGUCGUGUCUGCGAAUACCAACAAAGAAAUAAGGUGUAUGCAGACAAGCGAAGAGCAGCCCGGGAGCCCAAAUUUAAAGUGGGGCCCUACGUGCGGGUGAAACGCCCGGUACCUGGAAUAAAAGGCACCCCUAGUUUUGGGGCUCCGCUCAAAAUACUGAGGCGGGUAGGACGAUGGUCAUUCCACUUGGAGGACGACCGUACCUGA